CCGGCCUGUGGGGAGGUCGCAGCAGGGAGGGGGCUGAGCUCAGGCAGGGAGGUGGGAAGCGUGUUGUUGCUGGAGGUCAAGGGAGUUACGGAUGGGAAGACUCCUCGAGAUGACAGACUCAGCAACAGGCACUGCUUCUGUCCCCCAGAAGGAGAGGAAUUCCUUGUUCCUUGCCCCAGUGUGGAGGGGCGCUCUGGCAAGCCGUGUGGGUCCUAGAUGCCAUGGGGAGAGGCCGCCAUGUGGGGUCCAAGUUGAUGAGCCCAUGCCUGAGGUGCCCCUGGAGGGGGUCCCGUGCCACGGUGAGACACUGACAGCUACCGCCAAGAGGCUCCAGGAGAUGUCAGAUAUAGCCAAGCCGCUCCAGGAGAUAUUAGACACAGAUGAGCUGCCAACUGUGGUCUCACCAGUCGUGCCCAGCAGGGUGCCAUCCCCACAGACUGGGAAGGAUCCCUCUGGGAUCAAGCUGCCUCCUUGGCUUGGAAAAUGGGGGACUAGCCCCGAGAAGGAUUCCCGCUCUGCAGCACCAGUGCUGCCCCCCACCCAACCCACUCCAGCAGAGAAGCCCAGCCAGUCCGUGCCCCAGCGGAGCCGUGUGACCCACGACUGGCAGAAGGAGAUACUCGUGGAUCCCCUGGACUCUCGGCUAGGGAAGGAUUUGGGCAGUGAGGACUUCCAGUGUGGCUACCAUGGACUACCGAUCCACCAGUUUCUCUCUUCACUCACUGACAGCUCCCUCCCGAAGGACUGCCCACCUCUCAGGGCCCUGUUGCUGGGGCAAGGGCAGCGGAAGGCCACACUGGCAUCAAUGCUGUACGAGAAAUAUAGGCAAGUCUGCACUCCCACAUGAGACCCACCCUUGGGGCUGUGCCCCAGAGGAGGGCACCUGGGGCGGCAGGGAUCCCAGAGCUGAGAGGUACGGUGUCUGCUCUGACUGCAGUAAGGAGACGGAGGAGGAGAUCCAUCCCCCCCCGAGGCGCAUGGAAUCUAUCUCCACUACGCACCAGGACUACCGUGUCAUGGGUUUCCAGUCCACACCCCAGCCCACCACCCAGCCUCACAACUACUUAACGGAGCAGCCAACCAGCUUCUGGCUGGAGCAAGCCCGCGAAGUGCCGGGUGUCACUGCCCUCUUCGGCAGAAACAUUCCCUUCAAGAGGAAUGCAGCCUUCUCCACUCCCAUUACCAUGUACUUAGGGCAUCCUGAGCCCUUCAGCCUCUGUGACCCCUACGAUCCCCCGAGCGGCCAACUCCAGUGCCAGAAGCAAUAAAAAACAAGGGGACACUGGUGGUCCCAGGUUCCUUGCCCACCCCAAGGCUGUCCUCAAGCUGG